CGGAACCUCUCUCUCUCUCUCAAACCCAAAUAUAUUGUUGACUCUUGAGAGAAAGAAAGAGAGCCAAGCAUGUCGAUCGAAAUGCCCAAAGGGCUCCCCUUUUCAGUUGAUACAUGGAGCCCUUGUUCAAAGAGAAAGAGGCACCAUUUCUUAACCCACGCCCACAAAGACCACUCCAUUGGCAUCUCCUCCCACUUUUCUUACCCAAUUUACUCCACCCAUCUCACCAAAACCCUCCUUCUUCAACACUACCCCAAGCUUGAUGAAUCUUUGUUUCUGGGCAUUGAGGUUGGCCAAUCUGUAGUCAUUGAUGACCCGGAUGGAGUCUUCACUGUUACGGCUUUCGAUGCCAAUCACUGUCCUGGAGCUGUCAUGUUCUUGUUUGAAGGCGAUUUUGGUAAUGUCCUCCACACCGGAGAUUGCAGACUCACACCCGAAUAUCUGCAACGUCUACCAGACAAGUACCUUGGUAAGAAAGGGAAAAAGCCUAGGUGUCAACUCAAUUAUGUUUUUCUAGAUUGCACGUUUGGAAAAUACUAUCAAAGUUUUCCCAGCAAACAUUCAGCAAUCCAGCAGGUCAUUAAUUGUAUAUGGAAGCAUCCUGAUGCAACUGAGGUGUAUUUAGCCUGUGAUCUCCUUGGUCAGGAAGAUAUAUUGGUUGAUGUGUCCCGUACAUUUGGAUCAAAGAUAUAUGUUGACAAAGUCUCCAAUCCUGAGUAUUUUGAUGCUCUGACAGUCAUAGCUCCUGAAAUCAUAUCCCAAGAUCCGUCUUCACGCUUCCAGGUGCUUGAUGCAUUUCCAAAACUCAACGAGAGAGCCAAAGCAAAGCUUGCAGAGGCCCAUGUUAACUUAAAACCUGAGCCUCUCAUAAUCCGUCCUUCAGCACAGUGGUAUGCUUGUGAGGUAGAAUUGCUAGAUAACGAAAGUCAAAGAAAACUGAGAUUCAAUGAAGCAGUAAGGGACCAAUUUGGUGUUUGGCAUGUUUGUUACUCAAUGCACUCGUCCAGGGAUGAAUUAGAGUGGGCUCUGCAGCUUCUAUUACCUAAAUGGGUUGUUUCAACCACCCCCAGUUGCAGGGCUAUGGAGCUGAAUUAUGUUAAGAAGCACUGUUUGACCUCUCGAAUAUCUCCUACUGAUCCUCUUUGGAAACUUCUAGACAUUAGUAUGGAACCUUCUUCAGUUGCAGAAGUAUCAAUUGAUUAUGGGGGAUCUCCAGUGUCUGAAGAGCUCAAUCAAAGUCCUGCAGAUUCUCAAUUGCAACUGAUAAGUAAAUCUGCUUCCCCGAAAAAGUUCUUUAGUUUCUCUCCUCCUAGGAAAAGACCGUUUGUCACAUUGUUUGGUAGAGCUAGGUUUGGUUUCCAAGAAUUGGCUAUUCAGCACAAAGAGGCAAAAAUUUUAUACCUAAAAGAUAAACCUUUUCAAGAAGUGGGCAACAGAGUUGGAGCAAAUUUGUCUGGUGAGGGGGAAGAAAACAGUGAACACAGAUGCUGCAGCAAGAAUUUGGUGAAAAAGGUAGAGGAAAAUGCUAAUGAAUUACAAUGUGAAAAGCCAGGGGAGAGAAGGUCUGAACUGGAGCAUGUACAACUCACUUCAUGGGAUGAACGUAAUCAGAAGUAUGAGCUGGAAAAGAAAAGACUAAUUGAACCAGAAGCUCAAAAUGUUUCUUGUUCUCUGAUUGGGUCAUCAAAGUGCUUCAAUGAAAGAUUCAGAAAAUUAUACAGGUCAAUGAAUGUGGCUGUGCCUCAGCCGCUUCCUUCUCUAGUCGAACUUAUGAAUGCCCGCAAGCGUGCUAAGAGGAGAGUUGAUUUCUCUUCUUUUAAUUAAGACACAAGUCCAGUCUCUGAUUAUCAGACUGGCAAGAAAAGAACAGUAUAGUUGUAUAGCACAUAUUUAUGUUUCCCGUCGGCCAGAUGAAGAUAGUUAUUGUGGUGGGUAUGGAGAAAGAUACACCAGUUGGGUGCCCUGGUUAUAGAAAUUGCAGAAUAAGAGAUUUGCCUGUUGUAAAAGUUCAUGGCAUAGCCGCACCAUAUAGGACAUGAAAUUUUACAGCAGUUAAUUUAUGUCCAAUUGUGUAAGUCAAAACAUGACUUGUAAUCAUUAAAUAUUCAAAUAUUCAAAAUUGUAGCAUUGGAUGGUUAAUGUCAUUGUAAGAGCUGAUUCAUUAUCA